AUGGAUUAUUUAUCCAGAAAAACAAGAGCAUGGCAAUCCUGUGACUAUGAUGCUGAGAGAGACUCCCCUCGAACCUGUGAGCUGAAACUUUUGCGGGCUAGGCGAGUGGCUUACUAUGAAAGCACUGGGAUCCUUAAGACUAGUUCUCCUGGAAAUGAUAAUAAAUCAUCACUAAAAGAUUCCCCAAGAGCUCCUUUGGGUUUCAAAACAAACCUUUCAAAAAGUCAGACUUCCCCUUGGAGAGGUCGUCAGAAGUUACCUUAUUCUGCAGUCAGUGAGGAUGUGAAUACGUGUCAGCAAUUUCCCAAAGUGUCUGGUGACAAAAACAAAGACACAGAGAUGGUGGGCCAGCAAGUCCAGAGCGAAGGCAGGAGAAACAGUUGCCCUUCUGAAUUAGAUCUUUCCUUGCUUGAUAAUGUGUUGGUUCCAGAAACGCAGAAACUGAGGCAUGUGAUAAAUUGGGCCCAGAGGUUUCUGACCAAGUGCCAUGAAGGUCAAGAGCUGAAGAAUCCUCAAGAGAAUCCACCCUUUACUUCAUCUUUGCUCAACCAAAGCAAAAAAAUACAAGAUUGUUGUCAAGACACCUCUGUGAGCUCCUGCCGUCCUCCCUCACAGUCCAGAAAUGAUCACUCAUGGAUACACACAAAUUCUCAAAACAGUGUCAGCUUUUCUUCAGUCCCUACAAGGAAUUUAUCAAGGCCAUGUUUUUCUCUGGAUCUUUUAAGUUCUUUUGAGGGGACAAGGAUUCCUGGAAAUCAGUCUAGUGGAUCGCAGGAAGUUCUAUUUCAGAAGGAGAAAAGACACCCAUUGUCACCGGUUGUUGGUUUAAGGCAGCCUAGUCUUGUUCAAUCAACAAGUGCCAGACCUGAAAAUGCAUCUUCUCAACAUCAGAGUGAUCCACGAGAGACAGACAACCUUUCUGAGAUAGGCAGCAUUCAGCCACAGCCCAAAUGCAGCUGUGAAAAGAGUCUUUUUGAGAAAACCAAUGAGAAUUGGCAUGAAAAUGGUUACUUUUGGGCUCCACUAACAGACAGCUCUGAAGAUGAAGAUAUAGAUGAAUAUGAGGAAAACUGGAGAACUUUUACAAAAGGUAUUCAGCUUAGAGACUCUAAAGAGAUUUCAGGAAUUUCCCUGUCUCCCAGAAGGUCCCCUAUGUUGAAAGGCAAUAUUUUCUCCAGACGGGAGGCUGAUGUCAAUGAAAAAUCCAAAGAUGCAACUGUAAGGGAAUCUAGGGAUUUUACAUCUAGGAUUAAAGCUGAUGGCCCUUGGGAUACCAGGAGCUCAAUCCAUAUCAGCAAAAUGUCACUCAAUCAAUUUGACUCUUCUGUUCAUGAGUUUGGGAUGAGAAAAGGAGAACCACUCACUCGGGAAUUAGAUUUUGUGGUCUCCCUAACGGACCUCAGCUAUAAAAGUGGAUUGUUACCUGAGUGUGGGAAGGAGUCAGAAAAGACUUUUAUUGGUCAAACAGUAAGAGGAAGUCAGGAAGUGAGUGUUAACAGUGGAUUUGAUGUUGAUAAAAGCAAAAUCAGUGAGAGAGGUCAAAGACAAAUUAAUGAAAUGUGCCAGGGGAAUGAUUCAGUUAUUCAGAUUUCUAAACCUCAACUGAAUUCAUUAGAAGAUACCUCAGAAAAUGUUACUUUUAAGGGGUGUUCUGACUGUGCUUCAGAAUCUGAGCUCACCUCGGGCCACCACUGUGUAAUGUGCCACAAUAUAAGAGUUGAGCUGCCAUCCUCAACAGGAAUAGACUGGAACAUCACAAAGACACCCGAAGUGAUUGCUAAGGAGAUGCUAUGUGAGAGUAAGGAAAAGUUUUUCUCAAGUUACCCUGUCUCCACAGACUUGCUUGAAACUAUGUCAGAGGACUCCUCCUUGUAUGGGCAAGCAGGUGGUGGUGGUGGUGGCGAUGGCUGUAGCUUCUCUUGCGAUGAUGCUCUGUCAGAAAAAUCAGAACAGAGAGCCAGUGUGUUGGAGACAUACUUUUUUUACUUGCAUCACCUGAACAAAAUAAGGGGUUAUAAUUCAGAAGAAGGACCCUCAUCUUUCCCCAACCACUGGACUGGGUUUUUGGAAAACAAGGUCAGAAAAGGAGAUCCAGAGAAGAAAGACAUUGGUGAAGUCAGCUCCAAUGACAAGAGCAGUAUAUUUCAAGCUGGUGAUCACAGAGAAACUGCUGAGCCAGGACAGAAAAAUACCGAGCCUGACCCUGUUGAAGAAGAAACUACUGAAGAACAACUCUUUCCAAAGUCUUUGAGCAAUCUUAUUAAGGAGUCAAAGCUUUGCCCAAAAGAGAGGUCAUUUUCUGCCUCCAUAAAAGUUACCUCCAAAGCAACUGGUUAUAAGAACUUCUGUGAGAAAUCCAGUAUGGCAUGGUCUUCUCAUAAACAUGAAGAACGAGAACUAAGAUCACAAAAUAUGUCAAGACCAAGUUCAGCCAAGGCAGAAAAGAGAAAAAGCACAGAGAGCUCUCAAAGCAUUUGUCCAUCUGAUUAUAGAGUUGAGGAAAUAAAUGUAUAUCCUGCCCAAACAUCAAUGUGUCCUCUGUUUACUAAAGAUCAACAGGAGCCAAUUCAAUAUCAAAACUCAACAGGACCUUGUGGCAAAAUUUGCACAGGAUCUACCCCAAAAUACCUUUGCAAGAAUGUCUACAUAGAUUUGGAGAGACAAAUGGCAAAUAAGAAGCAUCAAGGAAACUCAGUCCUUUCCAUGUGGCAGCUUCUGCCAGAUGAAAUAUGGAUCUUCAUCUUUUCCUUUCUGUCUCAUAAGGAACUCUCUUGUAUUGCACAAGUUUGCCGCCACUUCUACCAGCUUGCCAGUGAUGACAGCUUUUGGAAGCGGAUCCAUGUUUCCGACUGCCAUUCCUUGAAUGACAACUGGCUAGUCACCUUGGGACGCCAUCAUCCACAGUCUCUCACUCUGCGCCGCUGCCAUGAUGAUAUCCAAGCCAUCACUGACCAAGGAUUGAAGCAAUUUUUUCACCAUUGUAGAGAAUCUCUCGAGGAGCUGAAUGUCACAAGCUGCAGUGGUCCCAGAUUGAAAGGAGAUAAACUUCUUCUCUAUGCAAGUACAUUUUGCAACAGGUUGACCGUAGUGGAUAUAAGUUGGAGUGGAGCUACAGAUUUGGGUGUGCUAGCUCUUGCUGAAGGAGCUUCAAGCCUUCUCGGAUUAUCUAUUAAUGGAUGCCAAAUUACAGAUAAAGCCAUCAGAGCCUUAGUUAAAAAACAUGGAAACAGCCUCAAUAAACUAGAAGUGUUUGGCUGUCAUGCUCUCACAGCCAGAUGUGUGGGCUGUCUGGCACAGUCCUGCCCCAAUCUGCAGACCUUGAACAUUGGUAGAGUCCCCAAGAUCACUGAUGCUUGCUUUGCCAAAAUACUCAGAAAUCUGAAAAAAGUAACUACUCUUAAUGUAACAGGUCUUGAAAUGGUGAGAGAUCGAAUUGUCCACCUCGUUGUGACACAUUUCUCAAAUCUGGAUUGCUUGGUCCUUAGUUCCUGCUCCCGGGUAACAGAUGUAAGCUUGCUGGAAAUUAGUACUUACCUGCGAACAAUCAGAUAUCUUGAUGUGAGUGGAUGUAAAAAGGUCACUGACUUUGGAAUCCAUGCUUUGGCAAGAGGCUGCCACCAACUUCACUAUCUUGACCUGAGUUCAACAGGGACAAGCAGAAGAGGGGUUUGUUUAUUGGCUAGCUAUUGCCAUGGCACACUGGAGUGUCUAAAACUCAGUUUCUGCAAGGAAAUCACCCUGGAUGCUAUUAAAAAGCUUUGCAAAAACUGCACACGACUGAAGAUGCUGCAUCUCUACGGCUGCCAUAUCACUCCAGACUUGAGCUCAAUAAAAGACAUUUAUAAAAGAGUAGAAGUAUUUCAUGAUGGUUCUGCCUCUACCUGUUAAUGUUUCAUGAGAAAGUGGAAUUCCAGUGAUGAUGAAUUUUAUUUUUCAUCAGGCUUCAUUGAAGAUGUAAGGUCUAAGAUCAUAGUCAUAAGAAAAUUUCCAUUUAAGGUAGAGAUUUAAAUUUUCUUUAGCUUCAUGUAGUCAAGAGACUCAGUUAUGAGCUCUUGGAGCUCAUUCCUUCAGUUAAUAAUGAUCUUUCCUACUUGGAAUCUCUUGCACUUCUUAUAUAUAAUUUCCUUGCCUAUUUAUGUAUCUCUUAUCUAAUCUGCUAGAAUAUAAGCUCCUUGGAGGUAGGGUUUCCAUUUCUUACUUUAGUUUUUAUACCCAAAACUUAGCAUGACACCUUGAUUAUAGAAUGUGCUUAAUCACUGUUUGCUGAAUUAAGAUUUUGAAUGAAGACAUUUGCAC